AUGUACAGCGGGUCGAGCGCCGGCGAUGGUCACGAAGCGUCGGCCGCGAGGAAGAUCCCGCCUCCUUCGUCCAUGUUGUGGGUCCGGAACCUCCGCCGCUACAUCGGAUCUGGUGCAGGACUCGGCUCCGAGGCCUUGAUGGAACUUGAGACAAAGAGAAUCUUGCUUGAUAUCUUCAAAGAGAAGCAACAAAAGAGUGCUGAAGCCGGCACAAUUCCAAGCUUCUAUAAGAAGAAACCUGAAGAAGGGUCCAUCAGUCACAGGGUCCAAAGGCUGGCUAAAUUUCGUUUUUUAAAGCAUGGUCAAAAUUAUGUCAAUCAAAAGGAGAACCUUUCAAAGACUGAGGUUCCCAUGAAGCAAUCUGAUCUCUUGCUAAAUGCUGAUGAUCUGGAUGCUAUGUGGGUUUGCUUAAGAGAAAAUUGUGUAAUUGAUGAUGCCACUGGAGCUGAAAAGAUGAAUUAUGAGGACUUCUGCCACAUUGCCUCGGUAUGUACAGAACAAAUAGGCCCAAAAUGUCGACGAUUUUUCAGUCCUUCAAACUUCAUGAAGUUUGAAAAAGAUGAAUCAGGAAGAAUUGCGAUUUUGCCCUUCUACCUUUAUGUGAUGCGUACGGUUUCACUUACACAGGCCAGAAUUGACAUGAGUGAGCUUGAUGAAGAUUCUGAUGGUUUCCUGCAACCUCAUGAAAUGGAGGCCUACAUAAGAGGACUUAUUCCUAAUCUGGCACAACUUCGUGACAUGCCUGCAGCCUUUGUUCAAAUGUACUGCCGCAUAGCUGCUCACAAAUUUUUCUUCUUUUGUGAUCCUCAUAGGCGAGGAAAGGCAUGCAUAAAGAAGAUUUUGCUCAGCAACUGUCUCCAGGAACUGAUGGAACUGCAUCAGGAAAGUGAGGAAGAAGUCACUGACACUGAACAAGCUGAAAACUGGUUCUCAUUAACAUCUGCCCAACGCAUUUGUGGUGGUUCUGCAGAUAUGUUUCUUGCACUUGAUAAAGAUAUGAAUGGGUCACUGAGCAAGCAGGAACUUCGAGAGUAUGCAGAUGGGACAUUAACAGAUAUUUUCAUUGAGAGGGCAUUUGAUGAGCAUGUCCGUCGUGGCAAAAUUGGAGGAGGUAAUGCUCGGGAGAUGGAUUUCGAAAGUUUUCUAGACUUUGUUCUUGGCUCUCGAAAACAAGGAUACUCCAGAAGGAUUAACAUACUUGUUCCGGUGUCUUGA